AUGCUAGGAAAUCGGUCUGGAUUUGCAGCCCUCAUGAAACGGGAAAUUCCUGAGGUCCGUGUCACACACUGCCUGCUUCAUCGGUAUGCACUAGCAGCGAAGACUUUACCAAAAUGUCUGCAAGACGUUUUGUCAACAUGUGUGAAAAAUGUUAACGUAAUUAGACGACGUUCACUGAACCAUCGUUUAUUUCAAUCGUUUCGUGAAAGCAUGGAUUCUGAAAACACGGUUCUACUAUACCACACGGAGGUGAGAUGGCUAUCCCGUGGACGUGUCUUGCAGCGUAUAUUUGAGCUUCGUAAGGAGAUCAAGACAUUUUUAAAGGAUCAAAAAUUGGAUCUCUUUUCUUCAUUUAAUUCCCCAGAGCUUGUGCAAAUGCUAGCAUACUUGACCGACAUAUUUACUCACUUAAAUGAACUAAAUAUUUCCCUCCAAGGAAGUAAUAAAAACGUGGCUAUUGCACAUGAAAAAUUGGCUUCCUUCAAAGCUAAAAUUCCUUUGUGGUUGAGAAAUAUUGAGAAGGGAAAUUUGGCUAGGUUUCCAUCGCUGGAAGAAGUUGUUGAAGAACACGAGUCACUACUUCCAGAAGUUGCCACAGCAAUACGCAUUCACCUUGAACAGCUAUUAUAUGCCUUUGAUGGGUAUUUAUUUCUGUGCAGGAAAUUUGGAAGCCAGCGACUGCUGGAUAAGGAACCUGUUUCUGUUUCAGUUAAGCCUGACGAAGAUCCUUUCAAGGAGGGAAUAAUUGACAUAGAAAAUGAUCAUACUGCAAAAAUGGAGUUCGAAGUAAAAACUUUGGAAGAUUCCCGAACAUUUCCAAGAAAGUACUUACUGUACUUGUUCCCUUCGCAACAACAUAUCUUUGCGAAGUAG